CUCUAAUUGAGUUCAUCCUAAUUCUAUGUAAUGGUUAUCCUCUGCAUAAUUUCUUACUCUCACAGAAACUCACCUUCCUCAACGUUCUUUAGUGGGAGAGGCAAAAAAGUUAAGUGAGCAUCAGUAAUUAAGAAGUCAUUGCAUUCAAAACAUCACAAUAUGUUAUUUAUUUGGUUCUUCUUAUUCUCCUACAUGUCUACAACUUGCACUUCACUAGACAGUUUAGCAGUGAGUCAAUCUAUCCGAGAUGGCGAGACUUUGGUUUCAGCAGCUGGAAUAAUUGAAGCGGGUUUCUUCAGUCCCGGAAGUUCAACAAGACGGUACUUGGGCAUAUGGUACAGAAAUGUAUCCCCUUUAACAGUGGUGUGGGUGGCUAACAGAAAUAUACCUCUUCAGAAUAAAUCAGGAGUUCUGAAACUCAAUGAGAAAGGCAUUCUUGAGCUUCUCGAUGAUACAAACAACCCCAUUUGGUCAUCCAACAUAUCAGGCAAAGCAGUCAAUAAUCCAAUUGCUAAUCUUUUGGAUUCGGGAAAUUUUGUAGUGAAAAAUGGACAGAAAACUAACAAAGACAGCAUCUUGUGGCAGAGUUUUGAUUAUCCAGGUGACACAUUGUUGGAAGGAAUGAAACUCGGAUGGAACUUGGAGACUGGUCUAGAAAGCACUGUAAGGUCUUGGAAAAGUGUUGAUGAUCCUGCUGAAGGAGAAUAUGUUAUAAGAAUUGAUCUUAGAGGGUAUCCUCAAAUAAUUGAAUUCAAGGGAUCUGAUAUAAAACUCAGAGCUGGGUCGUGGAAUGGCUUGUCAACAGUUAGAUAUCCAGCUGCAACUCAUCUAUUGUUACACAAAUUCGUGUUCAAUGAAAAAGAAGUGUAUUAUGAGUACGAGAUUAUCAACAGAUCGAUCUUCAGUGUAUCUACGCUUCCCCCUUCAGGCAAUGGGAUGAAUUUCUAUUGGACAACUCAAACAAGCACCCGACAAGUCAUCUCAAAUGGGGAGAAAGAUCUAUGUGAUAUUUAUGCCUAUUGUGGUGGAAAUUCAAUAUGUAAUAUUGAUGGUAACAUUCCAACUUGUGAAUGUCUGAGAGGUUAUGUUCCCAAGUCUCCUUAUCAUUGGAAUAAAUCAAUUUGGUCAGAUGGUUGUGUUCCAGGGAAUAAACCAAAUAGCAAAAAUAGUGAUACAGAUGGCUUCUUGAUGUACUCACGCAUAAAAUUGCCAGACACGUCUUCAUCGUGGUAUAAUAAGACCAUGAACCUUGAUGAAUGUCAGAAGUCAUGUCUUAAAAACGGUUCUUGUGCAGCAUAUGCAAAUUUAGACAUCCGUGACGGAGGAAGUGGCUGUCUACUUUGGUUUAAUACUCUUGUUGACUUAGGGAGAUUCUCUCAAUGGGGACAAGACUUUUAUAUCAGAGUGCCUGCUUCAGAAUUAGAUCAUGUUGACCAUGGAAACUUCAAGAAAAGGAAAGUAGAAAUCAUUGUUGGUGUGACCAUUGCUGGAUUAAUCAUCACAUGUGUAUGCAUAUUGAUAAUUAAAAAUUCAGGGGCUGCAAGAAAAUUUUACAACAAGCAUUGCAAAAACAUACAAAGAAUGGAAGACAUGGAUUUGCCAUCUUUUGAUUUUUCAAUUUUAGCUAAUGCUACAGAAAACUUUUCAACUGAAAACAAGCUUGGACAAGGUGGCUUUGGACCGGUAUACAAGGGCACAAUGAUAGAUGGGAAAGAGAUAGCAGUGAAAAGGCUUUCAAAGAAGUCAGGACAGGGGUUGGAUGAGUUCAAAAAUGAAGUGGCAUUGAUUGCCAAAUUACAACACCGUAAUCUUGUAAAGCUUCUUGGUUGCUGCAUUAAAGGAGAAGAAAAACUGUUGAUUUACGAGUACAUGCCCAACCACAGCUUGGACUACUUUGUUUUUGAGGAAACCAAAAGGAAAUUUCUGGAUUGGCACAAGUGUUUCAACAUUAUUAGCGGCAUUGCUCGAGGUCUUCUGUAUCUUCAUCAAGACUCUAGGCUGAGGAUUAUUCACAGAGAUCUAAAAACUAGCAAUAUUUUACUAGAUGCAAAUUUGGAUCCAAAAAUAUCAGACUUUGGAUUGGCUCGAUCAUUCUUGGGAGAUCAAGUUGAGGAAAACACAAAUCGGGUGGCUGGAACAUAUGGUUACAUGCCUCCGGAGUAUGCUACACGUGGGAAUUUCUCAGUGAAAUCAGAUGUCUUUAGUUAUGGUGUGAUUGUACUAGAGAUUGUUAGUGGGAAAAGAAACAGGGACUUUGCAGACUCAAAACACUACAAUAAUCUUCUUGGACAUGCGUGGACAUUGUGGACUGAAGAAAGGGCACUGGAACUAUUGGAUGAAGUGUUAGGAGUUCAAUGCACGCCCUCUGAAGUCAUAAGAUGUAUACAAGUAGGCCUAUUAUGCGUGCAGAAAAUACCCGAAGAUAGGCUAGACAUGUCAUCAGUGGUUUUAAUGUUAAAUGGUGAUAAAUUAUUGCCAAAGCCAAACGCUCCUGGAUUUUAUGCUGAAAAAGAUGUUUUAUCUGAAGCAAGUUCAUCCUUGACAAAUCACCAACUUUGUUCAGUUAAUGAACUUUCCAUCACAAUGUUAGACGCAAGAUAGCAUAUGGAGGCAACAAAAUGUUAUGGCCUCACCUUCCAAUGUGGGAUAUAUCAGUUAUUAAGCAUACAUUAGUACUGAAUGUGCUUUUAUGAGCUCCUUCUCUAACUUUAUUUCUUGUAUCCAAACUAGUGUUAAAUAAGCAAAUAGUUCUAUGAAGACAAGAAUGUUUAAAUGUAUUUUGUAAUAUUAUAUGGUUGUGAUGCUUCUCCAGUCAUUGAGAUGAAA